AUUCCGCGUCAACUUUUUCCGGUCGCGGUCGCACGAGUAAAUUUGAAUUUUCUUAAGCGCUAAAUAAUUUCAUCAGCUGCUGGUCAUUAUACUAAAUCAUCAGACAGCGCUCAACUACUGAACUAUAAAUUUCAACUUUAUACGUUACGAUUUCUUUUAUCUCACUCUUAUUUUUAUUCAAUAACAAGUUUAACAUGUUUUAGCACAAAGGAGUAAAAGAGAUGAGUAGCAAGCUUAGGGAAAAAACUUGAUUAAAAUUUCAACUGAGGUUAGAAAUUUAAAAAAAAGUUACCGGUGUAUAACCGAAAAAUCAGAGUCUAACGUCAAGGUGCACUGCACAGACGAGAAUAUAAAUCAGUAGUGUAAUGUCUAACGUUUUUAAAUUUUUAACUGUUUAAAUUAUAUAUAUUUUUAUAUUAAUUGUAAUUGUAUUUAUUUAUUGAAAGUUAUUUAAGUUAUUAUUAUUAAAAAUGGAACACUGGAGUACAAUAAUAGUAGAAUGGAUUAAUUGUUUAAAUCUCAAUGAAACCCAGCUGUCAGACAUUCAACAACUGCAAGACAAUUCAGCUGUCUAUGGCAAAAUCAUUAAACAAUUGAAACUUGAUGUCAAAGAAAAAAAUCCAGAUUCUUGUUAUGAAAUAUCAAAAUUUAUUGAAGAAGAAUAUCCAGAUUUUAUAAUUAAUAAAAAUGAUGACGACGAUAAUGCAUCUGAUCAUAUUUAUAAAAUGUCUCUCUUGUUAUUGAGUGCCUCACAAAAAAUAGCUUUUCAUAGACCCAUGUACUCGUUAAAAAAUGAUUCGCAAGUGAUGAUAAAAAAAUUUUUAGAACUACUUUUACCCCAUGGUAAAGGAUUAACAUUUGAAACAGUUCACGAAAGUAUAAUGGAAUUAGGAGAUACGAUUCUCAAAACACCUCCAAAGACACCGAAAGAUCGUCCGUUAAAAAGUUAUUUAACAUCUCCAGCAGCGCAGUCAGCUUACCGCCACAAAAUGUUGAAUGAACGUAAUCGUGAAUUGAGACUCUUGAAAGCUCAGCUGGAAACUGAGUUAUUUGAAAAAGUUGAUCUACAAGGAGACAUUAAAACUCUAGAAGAUAAAGUUAAAAACUUACAAAAACAGUUGACAAAAAAAACAGAAGAAUUGAAAACACUGAGAAUUGAAUACGCAAGUCCAAAAACUCCACAGUCUGUGAGAAAAAAUAAAAAUAAUCAAAAUGUCGAAGACUAUUUAAAAAAAGAAAUUGAAAAUUUGGAAAACUAUAACAUGAAACUACAGGCAGAGUUAAAUCAAGUUGAAGAAGAGCAUGAAAAUUUAAAACGUCGUUUGGCAUCAAAGGAUCGACUCAAUGCAACUUUGAAAGAAAAGGCGGAAGAAUUUGAACGAGGAAUGGAAUCUUUGUCUAUACAAUUAGAAGUAAAGACUAAUGAGUUGUUAGACUUAAGGAUGCAAAAUGAAGAACUACGUGGUCAUAUCAAAGAUAUGCAACGAUACUCAACAGAUGCUGAUCAGAGUUUUGAAAUGGACAACGUCCGUCGUGCAAGAUCACCAUCUCCUGGACUGAACGUCAGUGAAGCUGCCAGUUCUAUUAUUGACAUUCAACUAAAAGAAGCGAAUGAAGAAUCUGCCAGACUGAAGGAUGAAUUAUCUAGUAUCCAGCGUAAAUUAGAUGAGGCUUUGCAGGAGUGUCAAGAAUUUAAAUCUCUCAACGAUUUGCUAAAUGAAAAAGUAUCGAGUCUAGACGAAAUCAAAAUGGCGCUAGAAAUUACGGAGGAUAGAUUAGAAAAACGUCAGUGUCAGAUAAAUAUAUUGGAUAUGGAGAAAAAAAAUCUGCAAGACGAACUAGAAAAACACAAAAAAGAUAUAAGUGCUAAAGAAAUUACAUUGAAAGAGACUGAAGAAACGAAACUUAAAUUGGAAUCUCAUAUUUCUUCUAUCGCAGAAGAAUUAAAUAAAUUAAAAAUAUCAUUGGUUACAGCAGAAGAUACUUUGGCUCAAACCGUCACCACAAAAGAAGUUUUGGUGAUGCAGUUGAGUACAGCUGAUAGUAAAAUUGACAGCUUAAAGAAUUCUUUGAGUAUCGAAGCUAAAAAAUACCAGGAGUUGACUGAAGAUUCAGAGCAGAAAAUUCGUAAUUUAGAAGAAAAUAUAAAUUCGUACUUAAAAGAUAAAUGUCAGCUUGAGGAGACCGUCAGUCAGCUGAAUGAGGAGCUGAAGAACUUGAACCAAGAGUUGGACAACAAAAAUUCAAUUGUAGAUUCACUAAAUACCAAAGUAACUCAGUUAGAUGAUAAAAUUGUAAAUUAUUCUGAUGAAAAGCGACAGCUUGAAGAAACAGUAACACAAAAAACCGAAGAAAUAUUUGAAUUAAAUAAAAAACUUGAUGAUAAAAAACUGGCUGUAGAUUCAUUGAAUGCCAAGUUACUAAAUAUGGAAGAAGACAUCACGAGGUACUUGGAAAAUAAACAAGAACUUGAACAUACUAUUGAACAGCAGGCUAAUGAUCUAGAUAAAUUUAAUAGAGAUCUUGAUGACACGAAUUCAAUAAUUGAUUCCUUGAAUAAUAAAUUAGAGGAAUUUAAAAAAAUAUCCGAAAAUGAUUCUGAAGUUAAACUGCAGCUUGAAGAAAUUAUCAGCCAACAAAAACAAGAUUUAGUUCAAGUGAAUGAAAUAGUUGAGGAUAAAAGUUCGACUAUUGAGUUAUUGGAAUUAGAAAUUUCUGAGCUUAAAAAAUCUGUUAAAAAAUAUUCAGAGGACCAGCAACAACUCGAAGACGCUAUUGAGUAUCAGAAAGAAAAUUUGAUUAAAUUAAAAGAUGAACUUGACAACAAAAAUUUAAUUAUCGAUUCACUAAAUUCUACACUGUUGCAAUUAGAGCAGACGAUUGUCAUGUACUCUGAGGAAAAACGGGAGCUUAAAAAAAUAAUUGUAGAUACAAAUGAAGACACUCGUAGAUUAAAUCGAGAUUUAGAAGCUAAAAAUUCAACAAUAGAUUCACUGGAAGCCAAGAUAUUGGAUCUGGAAAAGAUUAUUGACAAGCAUUCGGAAGAUAAGCGACAGCUUGAAGAAAUUAUCGACAGGUCUAAUAGGGAUUCGAUUAAAUUGAAUGAUCAACUCGCUAAUAAAAAUUCAACAAUCGAUUCAUUGAAUGCCAAGUUGACACAGUUGGAAAAUUCAAUAAAAAUUCAUCUUCAAGAGAAGCAAAAUCUUUGCGAAAUCGGCGAACAACAAAGUAGGGAUUUAAUUAAAAUGACAGAAGAACUCGGCGAUAAAAAUCUACUGAUUGAUUCAAUGAGUGAUAAGUUAUCAGACUUAGAAAAAAAUAUUUCGAUAAUUUCCUGUGAAAAAGAAUCACUGGAAAAAUCAAUGCAUGCUUUGAAAAAUGACUUAGUAAAUUUGAAUAUUGAAGUUGAUGCUAAGAAUUCAUCGAUUGAUUUAAUGAACAGUAAAAUUUUACAAUUAGAAAGUGUUGUUACGUCUAAUUCAGAGGAAAAGAAACAACUUGAAGAGAUUGUUGAGCAGCUUAAUUGUAAUGUCGUUGACUUGAAUAAGGAAAUUGAGAAUAAAAACUUGGCUUUGGAUUCUUUGAAUAUCGUGUUAUCAGAAUCGAGAGAUACUAUUGCUAAAUAUUUAGAAGAAAAACAUCAACUUGAAGAGGACAUUGAGCAACAGAGAAAUGAAUUGAUAAAUUUAAAUAUGGAGCUUGAAGACAGACAAUCAACAAUAGAAUUAAUGAACAAUAAAUUUUCUCAACUGGAAGAUGUCAUCGCAACGCACGUGGAAGAUAAAAAAUUAUUAGAAAAUUCUGUAGAGCAACAGAAGAGUGAGUUGAUGAAAUUAAAUGAGGAACUGGAACGCAGACAAUCGACAAUAGAAUUAAUGAACAAUAACUUUUUACAAUUAGAAAAUAUUAAUGCGACGUAUUUAGAAGAAAAGCAGCAGCUGCAAGACACUUUGGUGCAACAGAAGAGUGAAUUGAUUAAAUUAAAUGAGGAACUUGGAGAUAAAAAAUUAACUAUAGAAUCAAUGAACGACAAACUUUCACAAGUCGAAGAUAUAAAUGCGAUAUAUUUGAAAGAGAAACAACAACUACAAGAUAUUUUGGAGCAACAAAAGAGUGAAUUGAUGAAAUUAAACGAAGAACUUGGAGAUAAAAAAUUAACAAUAGAGUCAAUGAACGAUAAAUUUUCACAACUGGAAGAUGCCAUCGCAACUCACUUGGAAGAUAAGAAAUUAUUAGAAAAUUCUGUAGAGCAACAGAAGGGGGAAUUAGUAAAAUUAAAUGAGGAACUGGAAAGCAGACAAUCGAAAAUAGAAUUAAUGAACAAUAAAUUUUUACAAUUAGAAAAUAUUAAUGCGACGUAUUCAGAAGAAAAGCAGCAGCUACAAGACACUUUGGAGCAACGGAAUAGUGAACUGAUGAAAUUAAACACAGAACUUGGAGAUAAAAAAUUAACUAUAGAGUCAAUGAACGAUAAAUUUUCACAUCUGGAAGAUGUCAUCGCAGCGCACUUGGAAGAUAAGAAAUUAUUAGAAAAUUCUGUAGAGCAACAGAAGAGUGAAUUGAUGAAAUUAAAUGACGAACUGGAAAGCAGGCAAUCGACAAUAGAAUUAAUGAACAAUAAAUUUUUACAGUUAGAAAAUAUUAAUGCGACGUAUUUAGAAGAAAAGCAACAGCUACAAGACACUUUGGAGCAACAGAAGAGUGAAUUGAUAAAAUUAAAUAAGGAAGUUGAAGAUAAAAAUUCAAAUAUUGAGUUAUUAAACAUCAAAAUAUCAGAAGUAGAAACUAAAUUGAAUUCCAAGGAGUCGGCUCUGUCAAGUGCGGAAACAAAAAUAUGUGAAUUAAAUGAACUCCGAGAAGAGCUUCAGAGUCAACUUGUUCAGGAACAAAAAAAUAUUAUUAUUUGUAUGGACGAAAAAGACAAAUUGCAACUUAGACUUGAUGACUUGAUAAAAUUAGACGAGAAAAAAUCUUCAGCUGCCCAAGAAAAAAUUCAGGAAUUAAAGUCUCAGUGUGAGGACUUAAUUGCCGAGCUUGCCGGUACGAAUUCUAAAAUUUCCGAUCAAGAUAACAGAUUACUAGACAUCACAACUGAACGUAAUUUACUGAAAAAUAAAUUAGAUGACAUUAAUAAGGAAUUAGAAAGUCGGAAAGAAGAGACCAAAACUAUGGAACUACAGAUUGAAGAACUUAAACAGAUUAACGAACGAACGGUAACCGGCUGUCAAGAACGCGAGGUCGCUUCUAAUGAACUCCUCAAUUCUGUAGAGAAAAAACUUUUGUCUAUGCAGAAUACAUGCGAGACUCUUAAAUUGGAUAAAAAAAUCCAGGAAGAAUCACUCGCUGUCCUCAAUUCAAAAUUAGAGCAGGUGACUAAGGAAAAAAUAGAAUCGGAGUUAAAGAUGAAAGAAGUAAUUGUCAAUUUACAGGAAGUAAGAGCUAGUCAAGAAGCUGUACUAGAUGCGCAGUCGAAAGCUCUUGCUGACAGAUCUGCAGAACUAGAUGCAGUGAAAAUGGAAUUCGCUAAACUCAAAGGAACUCUUGAAUUAGAAAUUAAUGAACAAAAAAUCCAGAAUAAAGAAAAGUCUGAUGAAUGCGAGGCUCUGAAAAAUUCUAAUGAUAAAAAUCUUAAAGUGGUAGAAGAACUUGAAUUUAAAUUAAAUGCAGUAAAUAAUGAAAUGAAAACAUUGCAAGAAGAUCAUGAGAGUUUGAAAAAAAAUCUUGAAAAAAAAAUAGAGACAUCUGAAGCUGCUGUCAAGGCGACGAAAGAAAAUACUGAGCAGUUAUCAGAACAACUAGACAUCAUGGCGACUGAAAAAAAAAAUCGUAGCGAAUAUUUAUCUCGGCUGGUUCGAGAGAAAAAGAACUUACAGAAUGUACUUGAUAAGGUAAUAAGUAGUCGUGAUAAUUUAGAAGAAAAUCUUUUGAGUACUCAGGGGUCGUACGUCGACGCGUUAAAUAAAGUCAAGUAUAUUUUUAAUGAAAACAAUUCAGCUUGUGAUGAAUUGAAAUAUCUUGAGGCGCAGAAACAGGAGUUAGAAAAAUUAUUAAAGGAUAUUAGUGACCGUCAGUCUCAGACUUCAAAGCCUUUGAUAAAAGUUCUCUGCCGGGUUUCCUCGUGGGUUGAAGAAAAACUCAGUGAAAUUGAUGUCUCUGUGAUCAAAAGGGAAUUUAAUGAAUCUGCUGAUACUUUGGCAGAUGAAAAACUGACUUUGGAAGGAGAGAUCGAAAAAAAUGAGUCAAUAUGCAAAGACUUGGAUGUCGUACAAAAGAAAAUCAAUGAGUUUGUAAACGCGUCGAUGACUUAUGAAGCGAAUAUGAAAUCGGGUGCCGUAAAACGCGAGCCCAGUGCUGAGGAAAAGUUACAGGCACAGCUGGAAAAAAUAACGAAAGAGAAAAAAGAUAUCAAAGAAAAAUUGGACGCAGCUCGGGUAAGAAACGCUAAGAUGGAAAAAAAUAUCGACGAGUUGAGGAGUGAAAAUAAAAAAAUUAAAGCCGAGGUAUCUUCGUCUUCUUCAGAUAAAAAUUCAGAAGUCGAACGUCUGACAGUAUUAAUUGAACAAUUGGAAAAACGAAUUGAAAGUCUUGAUAAAGAGAAAGAAGAAUUGGAGAAUAAAUUAAAGGACGAUGACUUUGACAGUAAAUUGAAAGAAGUUCAUAACGAGUAUGGAUUAAAACUUGAAAAAUUGAAACAAAAAAUGAAGGUAGCGUACAAUGAACAGAUCAGUAAACUUCAAGUUGAGCAGGACCAAGCGAUGGCAGAAAAAGUAGCGGCAAUGAAGACCAAAAUGGAACAGCAGUGCAAAAAAUACUCUGAGGAUAUCGCCAGAUACAAAGCGCACGUCAGUGAAUUGUCAUCACAGUUUUGGAACGUCGGUGAAAAACUUUUAGCAGAGCAACAAGAAAAAGAAACGGCCCAACAACGUCUUCGUGAGAUACAAAAAAAAUACCAGUCUGCGAUGCAAGAAGCUAAUCAAUCACUUGCUCUAGCUCACAGUCAAGUUAAUUCGUCAAGUUUAGAUAGAGAUUUUACUUAUGAACGGUCGGAUGCGCCAAGACAAAGUUUCCGAGCAGUUCAACUUAUUGAGGAAGAGACAACUACCACUCGAAGACACAGUGUUAAGAGUAUCCAAGCUAUGGGAAAUGCUUUUAGUGUUGAGGAUGAAGAAGGCGAAGUCUUUAAUAAUGACUUUUUAACAGACUUGAAAGAAGGCAAAUUCCGUACUGCUGAACCAGGUCCUGAUUUUGAUCGAUUGUCAGAAUUACGUAUGCGAAAUUCACUGUGUCGUCCACAUCUUAGAUCUGCUUAUGCUGUUGAAACACAUUUCCAUCCGUUUGCUAUCACUGAAGAAGAUAUCAAGAGUGGUCCAACAAAUGACGAAACUUUCAAUGACAGUCUCAGUCAAAGUCUUCUUCCAGGGCAGAAGGUCAAAAAGAAAGACAGAACACAGACUUCUUAUAAAAGACCUGGCCCUCCUACUCCCAGUAAAAAUGGUGGUAGAUUGUCACUCCAGGGUAAUGAAUUGAAAAGUCCAAAUUCAAGAAUACUACGAGAUAGAAAUAGUGAAAGACGUACUACCACAACUCCAAAACGAUUAAAAGACUUCUUUUCAACUUCCUUGUCAAGACGUCAAGACGAGAAUACGCCGGCUACUCCAAAAGGCCGCAGACUUAGCAGCAUCUUUCGCAAACCACGAGCGGCGGAGAGAAAUUAAAGAUAAAUAAUAAUAAAAUAAAAUAUUUUGUUGCAUUUACUUUUUAUGUUCGUUAAAAAAAUAAUUUUAAUAAAAAAUAAUUCAAUGCCUUAAU